AUGUCUCACGGAGGAGACAGUUAUGUUAAGCGGGGGAUCUCUUGGAGACACCGAGAAAUUAUGGACCUCCUUCACUUUUGGGGAGAGGAAAAAAUACAGGAGGCACUUCGGAAUACACACAGAAACCUUGACUACUUCGAACGCAUCUCCGAGCAGAUGGCAACAAGGGGACAUAGAAGAUCGGCUCUGGAGUGCAGGUCUAAGACCAAGACCAUGCGUCUCGAAUACGAAAAGGUUGUUGCGCAUAACAACAGGUCUGGAAAUGCACCCAUCACUUGCCCCUACUACCGUGAGCUUGAGAGUAUUCUACGUGGUGAUGCAAGUGUUAACCCGAAACGCAUCGCAAGAAGCAUGGUGCUGCAGGUGGUGGGUCAAGUGCAGCCGGAAACAUUGGUGCUCCAGAGGGGAUCAGAAGAGCUUUUCUCCCACGACCUACACACCUGUAAUCCCGCGGAAAUAAGAAUGUCAACACCUUAUCAUACAGAAGACUGUGAUGGCCUGAUUGAGGCAGAAGGGCAUGCUCUGGAACCAGACCUGGAUGCCACACCGGAUGGCCUCCUUGAUGAUGGUUUCAUUGACCGGGGAUUCACCAUGCAGGAAGAUUUUUUGGACAAGGAAAACAACCCCCCAUCACCACGUUCUACUGCUGAAGGUUCCAUGGAAAUGACAACGCCAGAUUUAUCGCCAGGAACACGCCUGGACAACAUCAGAUGUCGGAAAAGGCCUGUGUCUGCUAUUACCAGUGCAGCAGAGAAGUUACUUAGUCUAGCAUCCGCAGAACACCAGGAGGAGUUGGCCCUUCGAAGGCAGGAGCAAGAGGAGACCAAAAAGUGGCGUGAGGAGGAGGGCCGCAGACACCAGGAAUUUCUUCAGGAGACCAGGCUCGAGCGAAGAAUGUUCCAAGAUGCAUGGUCACAAAACCUGGAGGUGAUGCGUGCGACUGUGCAAACUCUUAAAUCCUUUGGUGAGGCUUUCCUGAUGCAGCAAACACCCAAACUCCCAGAACUGACCAAUGGUCAUGUGGAAGACAUCGCCACAGAUAACACCAGGAAGGGUGCACCCAAAAGAUCGUGUGUGGGGAAGGCCAGGGAGCGACUCACCCUAUAG